AUGGACAGCCUGUUUGCGGCUACUGAUGGGCUCUUUCAGCUGGUUUUUUCUGGAUCUCAGCUGGAUUUUGUGCUGAUUUCAGCUGGGGAUCGUGGCUCAUUUUGUUGCUACAGCUGGUUUUAUCAGACUUUAUCUUUGGUAAACAUUGAAGGCUUUCCACGGUUCUGCUCAGAGGGUUUUCAGCUGGAUUUCCAGCUGCUUUCUUGUCGCUGCUGCUGGCCACCUCUGGUCUCUUUUUCUUCAGCUGGUUUUGCUGAUUUUCUCAUGGUCUCUCAGCGGUUCUUUCAUCUGCUUGACGCUGGCUAUUGGUCUGCUGCUGUGGGUUUCUCUGUUGCUGCUUCCUUCGGCAGUCAGCUGGGGAUUUGUUCUCAGCGGGCUCUCAGUUGCUGUGUUGGUUCUGGGCUUAUGUUCAUUCCUCAUGGUUUUCAUCAUCUCGCAGUUGCUGUCUCUUGGGUUUCCAGCUUUCCUCCAGCUGAAUUUUCUGGAUCUUCAGCUGGACUCUCAGCUGGCUUUUGCUGGCCUUCAUGUCCCAUUUUAUGUCCUUUUCUUUUUUGA